AUGGCGAAGAGGUGGAUAUUGGCCGGUGUGGCGGCUAUCAAAAAGCCUCCACUUUCCCUCCCCAGACCAGCAGCACUCAAAGUUGACAAAGGAGGGGAAGUGAUGGAUUGCUAUAUGGACUUUCUGUCAUCUGGCCAGCUGAGCGGCGCAAGCUUCAACUUACUGAUUUUCCAUCAGGGUGUAUGUCUUAUCGCUGACGUUUCUACGGGUGCUUGCUUCGUGCAACUGUUCGAAGUGCUGCCCUGGUGGUGUCGAAGAGAAGCCGAAGUUGCAUCACGUGGAAUGAUGUAUUCGUCCGAAGCGAACACAGAACUCCUCCCGAAUCCCCAGAAAGCCGAAAGAGCGUAUGGCCACGUGAGAAGACCCACACAAGGCUGCGCGAUCCCUGUCCAAGCUGUUAUGAGAUUUCGGGCAGAUAGCCUUGAUUGUAGCAGACUUUUAGCGUCCCAUUCUUUUGGGUUCCUGCGGGACUGUCUCCACCAUUCCGGCUAA